CCUGAGUCACGAGUAGUUAAAAAGGGGAAAAGGAAAUCAUUGUAAAUCCAUUCUGAUCUUUAAAAAAACAUUUCCUUUUAACAGGAAAAGCGCUUUUCUUUUCGUUGACAUUUCACACAUCCUCUGCAAAGCUGCCGAGCAGACAAUCGCGUCUCCGAAGCUCACCUGAGUUUGGCUCCGUCUGGGACAGUUACUUUUCAUUUGCUUUCCCGCGUCUGACUUCAUCAAUAACAGUAACAGACGAGUUUAAUAUAAGAUUUAAAAACAACAGAGGACUGGAAAUCUGGAAAUGAAGAGAGAUUUUACGUUUUUCUGUCGGAUUUGGAUUGGGAUCGCGUGUGUUUCAGGCCUGGUGAUUGGAUAUUCUAUGACUCCACCCAUCCUCGACAGCCCGAAAGAAGACCUUGUGAUUCAUGCCAAUGACACAUUGACUAUUACAUGCAGGGGACAGCGUACUCUGGGCUGGACGUGGCCUGAGAGCUCGCUGACCAGGCAGGACGUGACGGAGCGUCAGGAGCAGCCACGGCGAGCAGGGACGCCGGGGAACCGCACCAUCGAGGUGCGGGAGUGCCAGGGCGAGCAGGGCAGGCCGUACUGCAAGACCUUGGUGCUGACGGGCGCCUGCGGCAAUGACACCGGCUACUACCGCUGCUUCUACCAGGACAUGGACAUCAAGGCCAUCAUUGAUGGCAUCACUGCCGCCAGCAUCUAUGUCUUCGUUAGGGAUGUGGAGCACCCAUUCGUCAGAAGGAUAGAUGUGGAGACUAUAUUGGUCACAAGGUCUGCUGCAUACAUAGAGGUGCCCUGCCUGGUGGCUGUGCCUGAUCUGAAUGUCACCCUCUAUCUGAUGAAGUUCGACUCCUCUCUUGGACAGUUGAUGGAUAAGAAUCUGACCUGGAACAGUAAGAAGGGCUGGUCUGUGCCGAGCCAGGCUGUGCAGAGUAGCCCGGAUCUCAUUGGCUUCUUUUGCAGAGCUGUGCUCCAUGAUAGGGAGUUCCAGUCCGCCUUCUAUCUGAUCCACCACUCAGGAACGAUGUUUUAUGAUCUGAAGCUCUUUCCUGAGAAGUCUGUGGAGCGGAUGGCAGGGGAGGAACUGGAAUUAAACUGCACAGCACGGGUGGAGUUUGACACAGGCGUCAAAUUCAUGUGGCUGUAUCAGAGCAAGGAGGUUAACCGGACCGUGAACAUUCAGUAUGAACGCACCCAGCUGCCGCACAGCACUCAAGCCUCCAGCAUCCUCACCAUUCCGCGCCUGGACGUCUCCAACACGGGCUCUUACACCUGCCAUGCCGACACCGUCGAGAAGCCCCUGCACCUAUCCACUCAGGUCAUAGUGCAUGAAAAGCCCUUCAUCAGUCUGGACUAUAAGGAUGGGCCAGUGAAGGAAGCCACCGUGGGCCAGAAGACCUUCCGGCUGUCCGUCAAAGUCUCAGCGUACCCCCCGCCACAAGCACAAUGGUUUAAAGAUGGAAGGCUUAUCACCAAACGGCCCGAGUUCAACCGUAUGAAGUACCAGCAUCAUGCCCUGGAGAUCAAGGAGGUGUCUCAGCAGGAUGCGGGAAACUACACCAUCGUUCUGACGAACACUGCCGCCCUACUGGAGAGGAGGCUCAGUAUCACUCUGGUUGUCAAUGUCCCCCCUCAGAUCCAUGAGAAGAAGGUGGCACCGCCGACCAACCCCUACCGGAGAGGCACCCGGCAGACCAUCACCUGCACCGCCUAUGGCAUCCCAGCCCCCUCCACCAUCACCUGGCAAUGGAGGCCCUGGGGGCCCUGCGGCCUCAACCUCUCCCGCCCAAUCCUACCUCGCAGAGGAGAGCUCGUUCGGAAACGCAGAGAUCCAAUCCCGGAGUGUCAAAACUGGCAGGAAAUGGACCCAGAAAACGCAGUGAACACCUUUCAGAGCAUCGACACCUGGACAGAGAUGGUUGACGGCCGAAAUAAGACGGUGAGCAAACUGGUGAUUCUGAACGCAACUGAGUCCACCAUGUACAAGUGUUCUGCCAACAAUAAGGUGGGCAAAGACGAGAGACUCAUCUACUUCUACGUGACCACUAUCCCAGAAGGCUUUGGGAUCGAGCUGCAGCCCACAGAGGAGCCUCUGGAGCAGGACCUGGUGCAGCUGAAGUGCAGCGCGGAUAACUACACCUACGAGAGCCUGCAGUGGUACCGGCUGGACCCGCGGGCCCUGCAGGACGAGGCCGGGAAGCCCCUGUUUCUGGACUGCAGGAGCCUGUACCUGUACGCCAAGCGGCUGGACGCACAGCAGUCCUUCGACAGCCCCACUAACAGCUGGGUCCUGGAGCUGAGCAUCCCCAACAUACAGCUCCACCACGAGGGCAACUACGUGUGCGAAGUGCAGAACCGGCGCUCGGGGGAGAAACACUGCCACCGCAAGUACAUACCCGUCAGAGCCCUGGAACCCCCCCGCUACAAACACGGACCCACCAAUCAGACGGUGAACGUCAGCGAGUCUCUGCUGAUGAAGUGUGAUGUGGAAGGCACCCCCACCCCCCAGCUGUCCUGGCAGAAGGACAACCAGCCCCUGCACCCCAUGUCCGGGAUUCUGCUGCAGGACUCCAAUCGGACGCUCAGUAUCCAGCGUGUGAGAGAGGAGGAUGCUGGCCACUACACCUGCACCGCCUGCAACAAGAAGGGUUGCAUCCACACCUCCGCUACCGUGUCUGUCAUGGGGUCGGACGACAAGACCAGUGUGGAAAUAGUGAUUCUCAUCGGCACAGGGGUCAUAGCGAUCUUCUUCUGGGCCCUCCUCAUCCUCAUUUUCUGCAACGUGAAGCGGGUGAAUCCAGCUGACAUAAAGACAGGCUAUCUAUCCAUCAUCAUGGACCCAGGAGAGGUGCCACUGGAGGAUCAAUGUGAAUACCUGUCUUAUGACUCCAACCAAUGGGAGAUUCCACGGGAAAGACUGAGGCUGGGGAAGGUUCUAGGCCAUGGGGCUUUUGGGAAGGUGAUAGAAGCUUCCACCAUCAGCCUCAACAAAACCCGCAGCCUGGACACAGUGGCAGUCAAAAUGCUGAAAGAGGGAGCCACAGCCAGUGAGCACAAAGCCUUGAUGUCAGAGCUGAAGAUUCUCAUCCACAUCGGUCAUCAUCUGAAUGUGGUCAACCUGCUCGGAGCCUGCACCAGACCCAACGGCCCCCUAAUGGUGAUUGUGGAGUACUGCAAGUACGGAAACCUAUCCAACUACCUGCGGGCCAAGAGGGAGUUCUUUCUGCCUUACAGAGACCGCUCCCCCAAGACACGGAACCAGGUUCGACGCAUGAUGGAGGCCGUACAGGUGGAGCAGAGAGGCCAAGACCCCCCGUCCCCAGCCAGUGGCAAGCAGGAACAAGAAGAACCACCCACUCCAGAGAAAGCGGAUGACCUGUGGAAGACCCCUCUGACUGUAGAGGACCUCAUCUGCUACAGUUUCCAGGUGGCAAGAGGAAUGGAGUUCCUGGCCUCUCGGAAGUGUAUCCAUAGAGACCUGGCAGCCCGCAACAUCCUGCUGUCGGAGAAUAACGUAGUGAAGAUCUGUGACUUUGGGCUGGCGAGAGACAUCUACAAGGACCCUGACUAUGUGCGCAAAGGCAAUGCUCGCCUGCCACUCAAGUGGAUGGCUCCAGAAAGCAUCUUUGAUAAGGUCUACACCAGCCAGAGUGAUGUGUGGUCCUUUGGAGUUCUGCUCUGGGAAAUAUUCUCAUUGGGAGCGUCGCCAUAUCCAGGUGUUCAGAUCGAUGAGGACUUCUGUAAGCGGCUGAAAGAUGGCACACGCAUGCGGGCUCCUGAGAACGCCUCUCCUGGGAUAUACCGGAUAAUGCUAGCCUGCUGGCAAGGCGAGCCGAGGGAGAGACCCACAUUCCCUGCCCUUGUGGAAAUUCUGGGAGACCUGCUGCAGGACAACGGCUUACCGGAUGGAAAAGACUACAUCCCCUUGGAUGCGUCUCAGAGCUCAGAGGAUGAUGGAUUCUCUCAGGCUUCGUCCCGACCGCCAUCCGAGGAGGAGCUGAGGCUGGCUUGCAACACCCUGCCAAUCAGCAGAUACUAUAACUGCGUGCCAUUCGCUGGCUGCGUGACAGCAGGGCCCUCCAGGGUCUGCCACAACAGAGUGAAGACGUUCGAUGAGCUACCGCUGGAUCUCACCUCUAUGAAAACACACCAUGAUAGUCAGACAGACAGUGGCAUGGUCUUGGCCUCGGAGGAGUUUGAGAGAAUUGAACACAAGCACAGAGGAGCGCUUUCCAGAAGUCAGCAGCUGAGCAGAAGUCCAGAACAGGCAGAGGAAAGCACAGGGCAGAGCAGCAGGCACCGGCCACCCUUCCUCAGCCAGAUCUCCGGCCAGACCUUCUACAACAACGAGUACGGGCAGCUGUCCGAGGAGGGGCUGUGCGACUUCUUCUCCUCCCCGAGCGAGGGUGGAUCCGAUGGGUCAGCCAGCCCGUAGACCUGCCCCGCCCAGCGGAGUGGAAGAGAGCCGCGCCCGAUUUUACCCACUGUACUCAUCACCACUGUGUCCCGCCCCCUACCCGCCUGCAGGCUCUCUGCAGCACUGAACUGAGUCAUAAACAUAAACACACUCAGCAAUAACAAUACUCCCCCCGGCCACUGGGUGGCGCAGUUAUGUCAAACCAAAACCUUCUCAUGCAUUUUAUCACACAUCUUUAUUUUUAUCUAUCUCGAGAGUAAGCUUCUUUUGUUUUGUAUUUGUACAAAAAAGCGAAUAAAUAAAGCAAUAUAUCGGUUUCUUAA